AUUGUAAUUGCAAAGUUCUGUGACGAGUGUGUAAAUUAAAUUUUCUACUAUAUCGACGCUGUGGAUAAACGAGAUAAACGAGCCAAGGAUCAGCUGAUAGUUGUAGUCACGUUUUAAACAUGACAGAAGAACUGUCAGGAGUAACAAUUGUUGUGUUUAUAGCUGCUGGUGUUUUAACUUUUUUACUCCUAUUUAUAUUUGCUAAACGUCAAAUUAUGAGAUUCGCGCUGAGAUCUCGUCGAGGUCCCCACAUUUCUAUAGGACAGGAUGCUAAAAAAUCUUUGAAGAGGGAAUUAGAGAGGAGAAUCCAAGUAAUUCCUAGGAUACAACACGAACCACAGUUAAUUAGUGAUCCUAGAUAUAUUAUGGAGCCAGGAAGCCAAGUACCACCUCAUUAUUAUCGUUUAAAAGCUGUAGAUGAUGUUAAGACUCUUGAAGCAGAAAUAACAAAAUAUGACAACUGUUUAAAACGUCACCCGUCUGAAAAUUUGCGAGCUUAUUUACUAACAACACUCGCAGCGGCUUUAAAUGGCAGCGGACAGCGUAUGAUCCAUCAGUUUUGUGAUUUAUAUGAACAUGCUAGACAUGAUCCGACUGAGUUUACUGAUGAGGAGUACCAAGUUUACUCUAGAUUACACCUAAAACUUAUUGAUGCAGCUCGUCUGUUAAAAUCAUAUCCAAGCAGUAGAAAAUCAAGCCCAAGUCGUACGCCGAUAAAGAAAAACGUUGAGACGAAAAGAAACAUCCUGGAACCACGAAUGAGGCCUCCAGAGGAACAAGUACUCAGCGGGUCGCGGCCAAAUACCUUGACGGUGAUGGCGUUAGACAAUACCGAGACGUCUGUCUAGCAUUAUGAAUAUCGUCACAUCCAGCACAUGUGACGAGACUAUAUAAAUAAUUAUUUUAUUACUUAAUUUAACUGAAUUAAUUUUAAGAUUAACUUAACUUAUUUAUAAGUCUAAUAGGUAAGCGCACACAAUAUUU